AUGCCUAAGAGAGCCAGGUCUCAACUUUCUAAACAUAGUUCUCAAGCACGAGCAGCAAAAAUACGUCGUAUAGGAGAAUCUUCACCUGAACGUUCACAACGCCUUGCUGAACAAAAUCAGAGAAACUCUCAGGUACGCGUACGAGAGUCGAGUGUCGAACGUUCGCAACGACUUGCGCAACAAAAUCAGAGAACCUCUGAGUUACGUGCUCGAGAGUCGAGGCUGGAGCGUUCCCAACGUCUUGCCGAACAAAGCUUGAGAACCUCUCAGCUACGCGCUCAAGAGUCGAGGCUGGAGCGUUCCCAACGUCUUCAUGAACAAAAUGUAAGGACCUCUUACUUACGCGAACGAGAGUCAAGUGUCGCGCAUUCGCAACAUCUUGCCGAACAAAGCUUGAGAACCUCUGAGCUACGCGCUCAAGAGUCGAGGCUGGAGCGUUCCCAACGUCUUCAUGAACAAAAUAUAAGGACCUCUCAGUUGCGCGAAAGAGAGUCGAGUGUCGAGCGUUUGCAGCGACUUAGAGCUCAAGCAGAGAAACAGCAGUUGUCCACAAAUAGAGUGCGCAAUCGAAUUUUAGCUAACAGGAACAGACUGGCUUUCAGAUACGAUCCGCAGCUUGAUUAUGCACAAUAA